CUGCAGUAUUCGAAAAACCUUUCAUCUAUUAAUCACAAGUUUGUGCAUUGAAGGAAUCAUAAAUUUUGCUCAGUCACCCGAGUUUGUUAGUUGGGAAGAAGAAAAGAAGAGAUGGUGCUUCCGUUGAUGAAACUGGGUACGCUAUUGGUCAAAACCGUAAGUAAGCCCUUAGCUAGUCAGCUUAAGCACCAAGCCAAGGUUCACCCCCAGUUUCGUCAGUUUAUCAUCAACUUUGCUCAGAGAAACCAUAGAAUAACGACGCAAAUACAAAGAAGGAUAUAUGGGCACGCCACUGAUGUUGAGAUUCGUCCCUUGGACGAGGAGAAGGCUGUUCAAGCUGCUGUUGACCUUAUUGGAGAGCUCUUCAUCUUUGCGGUGGGUGGAGGCGUUGUUGUUUUUGAGGUUCAGAGAAGUUCACGCUCAGAAACUAGAAAAGAGGAAGCACGUAAGCAGGAACUAGAGGAGUUGAGAAUAAAAGAUGAAGAAAUGGAAAAGAAAAUGGCGGAUCUUCAGAGCAGACUAGCUGAGGUUGAACAACUUGCCAAGGUAUGUUCAAGUUAAGACAGCAACCCAAUACUAAGGGUAGCGAGAAUCCAGCUGAUACAUCCGGCCAAUCAUCAUCAUCUUGAUCAUCUUAAUCAUUUUCCAAGACUCAUCCUAAGUUAACAACAAAUACAGUAAUGAUUCUUUUAAUGGGGAGGACGCGUUUCCAAUUCUUUCCUUCACAUUCUUGUAAAUCGACCAUCAUAUAUGCAUACUGUAUCACCAUCAUUCUGCUUUAUAACAACUAUCUAAGUCAAAUUUGGUGACAAAUAAAAAGGUUUUGAUGUUGAGGUUGUGGAGCUCA